AUGACAGCUUUCGGUGAUUUUCAACCAUUGUGUUCUCAAGUCCCAUCAUAUCCUUGGUGCAAUCUUUUUUAUCGUCAACUUUUGGAUAACAACUCGUCUGCUUUGACCGGCCUCUCUCAGAAUACUCAAUCUGCUCCAGUCGGCAUUAACCCAGAAUGCGGCAUUUAUCAGGUUGGCUUUGAUGGCUCGCUAGCAAAUAUCGCAAACAUCAUCGCUUGCGCUCUCAGUAUUAUCUUUGUCGCUGGAUUGAUAUUCUUGACCGGGCGAAGGAAGGCUGCCGUUGGACGCGUUGAAAUAUGGAUUUUCUUCGCACUAUACCUCUUGACACUCCCAUUCCAACUUAUCACCACAGGUUCCUUCAUAGCUCAAGGCACAAGAGCUCUGGUUAUAUUAUCUGCUAUCCACGCUGGCCUGGUCGCUGCUUUGUUUGCGACGUUGCUGGGCAACGCCAUUGUAGCGACGCAAGUCGUCGACGAUGGGACGCUGAGCUCUCUGAUACCUUUCACGUUCUUCACGGUUGCAUUCUUUGUUGCGACUCUGUAUAUAUCCCUCGAUGUCGCCUUUACCAUUACCCACACUUUUGGGCCCUCAAAUCCAUCCUCGUCGCUCCAUAGUAUACCCUUGUUCGUGCUGACGAGUAUAUGGCCUGGCGCCGCCGCCCUUAUCUAUUUUGGCCUGAUGGUCUACAUCGUACUUGGUGUUCUCAACGAAGUCCGACCUCUGUGGUAUUACGUCUUAUCCGGUGUACUGUUUGUUCUGAGUCAACUUGACUAUUUCUUGUUGAGUAAAGUCAUAUGUCGAGGCUCAUCAUCAAAAGUGGAUGGAUCUUUUAUAGCUACUUUACUAGAAACUGCCGCUGUAGGAGUGAUGUACCUCGCUUGGCGCAGCAUCACAGAGGAGGAUUGGGACAAUGAUAUCCGGUUCCCAUCAUGA